AUGUCUUACCUACCCAACCUCAAGGUCUUCAAGAAGACCAAAACUUACAAGACUGCCCAAACCCGCACCACCACUAGUCCCCCAGAUACCUACAUGAAGCAAUCUGCCACCCAAGUCAUGCACGCUGCCACUCAAGUUGUACAGGCUCCCACCCAGGUUAAGCAUGUUCUCACCCAAGUUAAGCAUUCUCUCGCCCAGGGUAAGCACUCUCCCACUCAGGACAAGCAUGCUCCCACUCUAGCGACUCAUCCCUCUAUUCAUACGCCCACACCCAUUUCCAAGAAGCUUGAAACCUCAGAGGAAGAGGACGUGAUGAAUAUGAUCAAACCUCAUCCGGAAGAAGUGGAUGAGCACUGGGAUGAGAUGGAAUGUCUCACAGAAGACCGUGAGUGGACUGAUGAACAGCUGAUGGAUGAGGCACGCCCAGGACGUCGUCACGCUGCUUAG